GGCAUGUCGUCCUGCAGAGUUGGCCCGAUAUCAAGACCAAGCUCUCGACCUCGGACCGAAGGAUUGAUUCCGUGCCUCACGCUCGGAACACGGUCUACAGUAAACUGCCGCCGAAUUUCGUCCUGCGUCUCUCCGCCGCUCGCCUCUCCGCGCCCCGCCGCUACCAACAGGUAGGUCCUGCGAGCCACAAUCAGCGGCACGAACGUUGCGUCUGCCUCUCGCCCCACGGCAAGACCAGAAACCACCCUCCGUCUCGUUCCACCAUUUCUUCAACGUUGGCGUGUUCACUGCUAUCUCCCGCUCGCCCGCUCUGCAGCUUGGGACGACGUACUCUCGAUCGCAGUCCUCGACGGCUCUGGCAGGGAAGGAGGAUCGCGAGACCGCUGUUCGGCUGGCCGCUCGGCCACACCGGAGCCAUGGCGCCCGGGUCCGGCGACAAGAGGGCGGAGAAGUCGUACCUCGCCUCGGCCGUCGACUCGAUCAAUCCUUGGGCCGGAAGCCGCAGCGCGACACCGACGCCGAAAGACCCGCAGCCGGUUGUCCCUCCGCCAAACUCGGGUGACCAUACCACGAACCCGUACUACGGGCAAAGCCUACAACGUUAUCCCCCGGAUUGUCCACCUCUGAAGGUGCAAUGGUUCCACGCAGUCGACGUUCCCAAGCGAAAACCGAAGUUUCUGCAAUCUAAGAACAGCAGCGACGCGAAGCCCCCGCAGCCGAAAAAAUUCGUCGCCUUCUCCGCCGAAGACUCCCGUGCCAUCGAAGCUGCCUACCAAGCCAAGUUACAGGAGCUGGAGGAGGGAAGAGGCCAGGGCCAAGGGAACGUCGCUGCGGGUGCUGGGCGGAAACGGCCGCGCGCUACUUCGACCGAGGGGCCCCAGGACGCUGACGCUCCUACAGAACGAACCAAAGUGCCGGUAAACGAGGACUUCCUGUUUGACGUGAAUAUAGAAGAUCGUGAACUUGCCCCGGUCUACUGGGAGGGCCCUGUGUACGAGGUGCGACGUGGAAGCUGGUUCUACCAAGAAAGCUCCGGUCUCCGGCCCUGCGAGGAGAAUCUGGCUGCCCAGCUUGAGGAAGGUUACCUGAAGGUCAGACCCUGGACUUACCCGCCUCGAUCCCGUAGCAACUCGGCGUCAAAAACGGCUCCUGCGAAAUCCUCGGUUGACAACCUGAAAGGCGCUGCCGACGCACUGGACGACGGCUCCAAGAAAGCUUCCGCAGCGCCUCAGCAUCAGCCGCAGACCUACCGUCUGUUUGGAAACUACAUGAAUAGCGUUGCGACGUACCAAGACGCAACCACGGCUUGGUUGUCGUCGGACAGCAUGCUGUCUUGGGUGACAUCGACAGUGUACGAGAAGUUGGCGGGCGGAGGUUAUCUGGGCGGUGUGAAGCUCGUCCGAGGCUACGUCGAGCCCAACAAGAAAGCCAAGGAUAACAAGCGGCCAUCGACUCCGACCGGGACAAAGUCAGCGUCGAAGGAACGAAGCGACAAGCUAUCCAAGGCGCAGAAGAGACGCUCUGCACCCCCCUCGACAGCGGAAUCCGAGGCAGGCGACCCGAAGGGGGAGAUCUCAGACGGUCUCGAAAGCACGCGGAACCGUCUAACACGGCAGCUGUCAAACCUGAUUGAAGGAGUCGAGGAUCCAGAUGCAGAGGAGGAGGCCGUCCGCGAGCGCGAGGAGGAGGAAAUCUCGGAAGAGUACAAUGCGAGAACGGGGGACAACCAGGGACGAGACAUCGAGCAUCUCGUGCUUGUUACUCACGGGAUAGGCCAGCUCCUCUCGCGAAGGAUGGAGAGCAUCAAUUUCGUGCACGACGUCAACGUGCUCCGCAAGACAAUGAAGUCGGUCUACGCCGCUUCGGCAGACCUGCGAGCAUUCAACUCGGAGAUUGACCAGCCAGGGCUUGGGAACAGCCGCGUUCAAGUGCUGCCUGUCCUUUGGCGCCAUCUGUUGGAUUUUCCGAAACGGAAGCCAAAAAGGGAGCACGACCUCGGGGAGAUAUUUAACGAGGAGGACGACUACCCUGCUCUCGAGGACAUCACCGUCGAAGGAGUCGCUUUUGCCCGGUCGCUCAUCUCCGACCUCGCUCUGGACGUUCUCCUCUACCAGAGCGCUUACCGGGAACAGAUUGUGGAGAUCGUGCUGAGGGAGUCGAACCGGAUCUACAAGCUCUUCAAGGAGCGCAAUCCUAAGUUCAACGGCAAAGUACACAUUGUCGGGCACUCACUGGGUUCUGCCAUCAUGUUCGACAUCCUCUGCCGGCAAAAGGAGAGAGCCAAGACUGUCGAGCCUCCUAGGAAUCCCCUUCGGAUCUGGCCAGCUUCGCAAGACCGGUACGAGUCGACGGAGCCGAAGGAGCUGGCUUUCGACUUCGACGUGGACAAUUUCUACUGCCUCGGGUCGCCGAUCGGGCUGUUCCAAAUGCUCAAGGGUCGCACAAUCUCGGGCCGAAACCUUCCCAACGCGCUCCCGUCCGAGAGCCCGCUCAACCCGGAUUACGCGGAGGAUCCGUUCUUGGACGUCCCUCCUUCUCAGUCCUACUCCAGCCAGCGGGUCUCACCUGUCACCGGCCUCCCAUUCAGCGUUUCUUCUCCCAAAGUUGGCCAGCUCUUCAACAUCUUCCACCCGUCCGAUCCCAUCGCCUACCGUCUCGAGCCGCUCAUCUCGCCCAUCAUGACGACUCUCAAACCGCAGGCCCUCCCGUACACAAAGAAGGGACUCUUUGGCUCCGUCGCACCCCAGGGCCUCACCGGCAUCGGCGCCAAAGUCGGCCAGAGCGUGUCCGGGCUGUGGAGCAGCCUCAGCGCGGGCAUCGCCAGCAACCUGCUCAAUCGCAGCCUGGGCCUCACUAACGAGGACGUGGCCAAGAUUACGGCGUCGCAGCAAAAGCAGCAGCAGCAGCAACAACAGCUACAGCAGCAACAGCACGCCCUGAGCCCCGGCGCGGGGACCAACAUCGGCGCGGGCGUCAUCUCGGACGCCAAGCGGCUGUCGGACGUGGAGCGGAGCGAGAAGACGGCGGAGCGCAUGCGGAAGCUGGCGACCGGCGCGGCGAACGGCAACGAGGCGACGCUGAUCGACGACGAGCUGGAGACGCUGUUCAGCCGGUUCCAGAAGAGCCGGGCCGAGUUGGCGGCCAAGGAAAAGGAGAACGACAAGGACAAGGAAAAGGAAAAGGACAAGGACAGCCUCAGCCUCAGCCGGCAGAAGUGGGUCGAAGAGGAGAGGAAGGCGCAGCGCUUGAGGCGGGAGGAGGCGAAGAUCCGGGCGCUGAAUCGGAAUGGGAGGGUGGAUUACUGCAUUCAGGAGAGCGUGCUCGACUUCAAUCCGAUCAAUACCAUUGCUUCACACAUGAGUUACUGGGCGGACGAGGAUGUCAGCCACUUUAUGUUGUCGCAGAUGCUGUCGAGCAAGGCGAGGACGCCGAGGGGCUGACGGGUCUUGGCUAAUGGGGGGGCAGUCCGAGGGGGUGGUUGUCGACUACACUGGUGUUGUCAAAGGGGUAGGGAUUGCAUACUUAAGCGUGCAUUGGGGGGUAGAAAUGGUCAUAUCGUCUCAACACGGAAUCCGGUGUAUAAAUUGGUUUUCUGCGACUUCUGCAUAUAGAUCGAGGUUAACAACCAAGAAGCCACCAUGUGCCGCAGCAGGACAGGCCAUAAACAUCUACAGCCACACCCACUCCGGUAGACCGUC